AUGUCUUCAGAUGGAAGCGCGGUCGGUCUUUCCGACUCGGCUCAGAAAGUUCCACAUGCCUGCUCCUCAUGUCGUCGACAAAAGAAAGGCUGCGACAAAGCUUUUCCAAGCUGUUCGGCGUGCUUGAGAUUACGACGAGCCUGUGUCUACGAUGCCGGGCCCUCCCCUCCAUUACCAGAGAAUUUCGAGUCUUUGGCCCGUCGCCUCAGCAAUUUGGAGCACGAGAUGAACGAGCAUCGAGCCCUGUGUGAGACGAAAGUGGAUAACCGAGGCCAGGGGUUCAAUUCUGAGGUCGAUGAUGUUAAUACAGACGGCUACGCCUUUCCUGGCUCAUCCGCUUUCCCUUCAGUCUUCUUUCUGGACGUCAAUGUUUUCCGAAGGCAUCGAUUAAAGGCACCAACACCUCAAGUCACAGUUCAGGACAACAUUUUUCGGGAGAUUGGAGAUGAUGUAGAGAUUCGGGCCACUGUUGGGGAAUUUUUCUUCUCGGUCUCUCCUUGGAUGGCCAUAGUGGCCAAGAAACAAUUCUAUCAAGAAAUCUCGGCUCUUCCAAUUGAGAUGGCACCUGAUGUCACGCUUCUCCUCCUUUGCAUGAAGCUGAUCAUUCAGAAGCCUGAUCCCAAAAAGAGUCCCCGAACUCAUCUCUUUGCUGUUACCAAGAAUUUCUACUUGACGGUCGAGUCCAGUGGCUUUGCUUCCAUGCGAUUGCUCCAAGCCGCCAUCUUGAUAUCCUUGUACGAGACUGGCCAUGCAAUAUACCCGCAAGCAUACAUUUCAAUAGGUCAUGUUGCAAGACUCGGACAAGCAAUUGGCCUGCACGAUACGGACAGGCCGCAGCUAGCUCUGGAGCCUGGAAACUGGGAGCAGAUGGAAGAAAGGAGGCGAGUGUGGUGGGCGGUGUAUAUCCUCGACAGGCACGUGAAUAUCGGGAACCCCUCCAGAUCCCUGGCAUUGGCGGAAACUGGACGGAAGGAAUACUUGCCUGUAGAUGAUAAGGCGUGGGAGCGAGGAGACAAGGUUGCCAGUGAGCCAUUAUUCGUAUCAUCUUCGACAAAUAUAGCAGCAGCACCAUACGCCAGACUCUGUCAAGCAUCGCAUUUACUCAGCCUUGUCCUUACUUACGUUAACGAUAACGUUUCAAGUGCUAGCAUGCGUCUGGAGGAAGCCCAACAACUCGCUCGAGCAGUCCUAUCUUUAUGUACCUUCAUGCAGACGGAAGUGAGCAAUGAAGCUACCAGAAUCUGUGUUCCGAUGGCCAUAUGUUACAGUGCACUCAUCGUUCUCUACGAGCAUGCUUCCAAUAAUGGGCAGACUGGCUACUCUCUUCCUGAAGAGGAAGGGUUGCGAGACCUGGGUGUGAGCGGACUGCAUGGUCUGAUACCUUUGAUUACCGAAUAUGCGAUACAUAUUCAGACCAUUCUACCUUAUAACAUCGAUCAAGCUUCGCCUUUCAUUUGCAACUGCCUGUAUCGUUUUGCUGUCUGGAUUUCUGGUAUGGCAGAUGCUUCCGCCAAGUCCAACAACACCAGAGCGAUAAAACUCGCGAGGGAUACACUGGAAAAACUUAGCCAACGGUGGAUGGUGGCCGAAUAUCUCAAGAUACUCGACGACUUCGAAUUAGGAUAUCCUGCUGCCGACGCGAUGGCCCUGGAUGUUGCUCAAAAUGCAUACAAUCCAAGCUACAUGGACUCAAGUAGCUUCGUCAUGGGAAGUGACUGA